AACCAAACAUGUGCCGACGUGUUUGUGCGAACUGCGUGAAAUUAUAUUCAUUGAGGUGUAAUAUUUCACAAAAUUUCGUGUAAUGUGGUGGGAUUUACAUUCACAUUCAUGAAAUUGGUAAAUAGUAUGGAGUUCGGCUGUAAAACGCAAAGGAUAGAGUCCAUUACCUCAUAAAGAGGGUAUCAUUACGGAAUUAUUUGUGUUUAGAGAUUAGUUGUUGAAAUGCCCCACGGAAUAUUAAAGUAGUAUUCGGCAUCCCCCGUUGAACACCACGCACAUGGGAAUGAGGGAUUUUGUGCAGGACCUCGCCUCCAUGUCAGCCGCACCUUUGACCUCUCUGUUAGUGUGAGCAUCCUUGAUGGAGGGACAGCAUUGGUCUACUACUGGCUGGACGUUCGGGGACCGCCUUAAUGUCCAGAAAUUGCAUUCUGUCUGCCCCUACCCAGACUGGCCAAAUGUUGGACCCACCCUAGUUUUUGAGAAUGAUAACGUCAUUGGUGAGCAGCAGCCCUCAUCUUGCAAGUUGAAUGGUUAUAGGUUCCAGAGUUCGAAAAGCAAUGGAGGAGCCUUUCCAUUGAAGAAAACUUUCAGCUUUGCAUACCCACUGUCAUUUCCAAAUAAUGCUGGGAAUUCAGCAGACUUCUGGAAUAAUGUGGCAGUGGACCAGUACAGAGGGAACUGUUUGGAUGUUUUGGAGAUGGGUGAAGAGAUGGCUGUUGUUUAUCCAAGUAAUGAAGACGGAAAUUAUGGGAUUAAUAUCUACAGGCUGGAAAGUGGAAGUAACAUAAUUGAAAAUGAUGUUUCAAAUAAUCAUGUAUUUUACAGAUUAGAGAAGCAUGCAGAGUACAUUUCUCCUUUUCCUGCAUAUCAGAUUGUAGCUAAGUAUGUAAAUAAUACUGCAUAUGUUCUCACAAGAUCAGAAAAGCAAACUGGUGUUUUUUCUUUAAGUGGGAAUUCCAGCAAGGGAAAAUUCUAUCAAAGAGUUUGUGGUAAGUCAUCUAAUCUAACUGGUGCUGACAUCAGUGAUGUUCUACCAGGUUAUUAUACAGUAGCGUCAGAAAAUGGUAGAGUGUUUGUAAAGGAUGUUGGUUCUAAGGGUUCAGAUGUAAUAUGGGAAUGCAGUUUUCAAGAUGAAAUGACAUCUAAAAAAUGUUCAUUCCAUUGUGAGUUUGGAAGGCAUCCACUUUCUGUUCUUGUUAAUAAUAAGUCUUCAUUAUGGUUAUGUGAUACUCGAAUUAGUGGACAGACUUCGAAUAGUUGUAAGAGACUUUUACUAAAUACUAACUGCAUGAAGAAAUUUACAUCAGGAACAGAGGAAAUUAGAUUUUUUUCACAAUGCGAUGGUUUGCCAUAUUUGUAUGUUAUAACUUCAAAAGGUGUGCUUGUGUAUGAUGAAAGAUAUAAUAAAACUCCAAAUAUGAUGUGGCAACAUAGGUUAAGAAAUGCCCCGUCAUUUGUAACUAAGCAGAAAUUUGGUGAUUCUGAAGCUCUUAUGCUUUCAGGAAAAGAAAACAAUGAAGUGUGCAUAAUAGUGAAUGACUGGGUUCACAGUGGUUCUUCCUCGUGGUGCAGGAGUAAGAGUCUUCCAAAACAUUUUAACAUUGCCCAGGACACAAUAAAUUUUACUCAUUCAGAAGAAAUAUCAAUCACACAUGAAGCAUAUGACCAUGUCUCCAGUAAUUGCAUUGGGUUAGCUUCAUUAAAACCUUCAAAAAAUGAAAAUGAAAUGUGUCUUCUUAACCUGAACAGAUAUGGAGAUGUCUUUUCACAACAUUUCAAACUUUCAGAAAGUAGUGAUGACAUAGUUAACAAGGAGGACAUAGAGAUUGGCAAAAAAAUUUUAAGCAGUUGGCAGGAUCAUGUAAAUUCAACUGUAGAGAAAGCAGAGCAACAGCAGUAUAUUGAGGGAUCUCAAUUUUUACAGAAGCUGAUUAAAAGAGACAGUGUUAUUGCCACCAGCUUAUGUGAAAUGUUCAUGGGACUUCCAGACUUUGCAAUUGAUGAAGAGGAAUGUACUAAUGAAAGUACCUCAGAAAAUAUUUGGGACCUAAGAUUGAACAUAAAAAAAGUCAAGAAAGGCAAGCAGUCCCAACAGAAACAGAAAGAAUGGUUACAGAGCUUUGUAGAUGAAUACCUUAUAGAUGAUUCUGUCAAAUGCAGAAAUAAAAUAUCAUCACCUACAAAAAAGCACAAACAGAUAGAUAGAUAUUUUCCAAGAAAAAUUGCAGAUGCUCAGAAAACUGAUUUUAGCAACGCACCCAAAGACCCUUUAACCACAAAACUUUUCACCCUAUGGACGGAGAAUAUCCCUGCUGGACGAGGUUUUCAUUAUCACACGGCCCCUCUUGCCUUCAAGAGAAUGAGUCACAUUCCAGUAAAGAUGAAGCACCUGGUUCCUCUUGAGAGUAAUGACUUGGACUUUGAAGAUAUGUAUGAGUCAUCUGCAGAAAGUGUUGAUGAACCAUUGUAUACUUCACAGGCUGCAUUGGAUGACUCACAGCAGUUCCAAGUCUCCCAAUUAUUAUCACAGCAAAUUAUGAAAAUACAAAAGAAGAAAGCCAAAAAGCGGCGAGUUGAUGGAUUUUAAAUAUUUUUAUGUUACUUUUGUAUGUACUUAUGUACAUAUACUGCUUAUGUUUGCCAACAUAAUACUACAAUAUUUACUUGAUACAUGUGAAUUUAUUUUACAUAGGAGAAUGAAAAUUAAGUUUUGUAAUUAUAAAGAAAAAAAACAUGUAAAACAUUAUAGUUUUAGUUUUUAAUCAUACACAAAAUAGUCUUGUAUACUGUAAAAUCAAGUUAUUUCUUUAUGUGCACUAAAAUUUGUGUAAAGUAGUGUGAAAUAAAAGCCAAAGUAAUAUAUUAAAAUACACCCUAGCUAUUAUCACUAGUGAUAAUAAAAAUCCAGUAUUUGUACACAGAAAUAAGGUUCAGAAGACUGUAGUGGCAGUAAUCAUGUUUUGUGAUGGUGGGUAGUGAAUACAAUUAAAAGGUGCUCAAAAAAAUUGUAACAGAUGGAUUAAUGUGUUUAUGAUCUCACUUUGAAGGCAUCACUAACUUGCAAAAUAGGUGAAAGCACUAUAGAAAAGUAUAUGGAUUUGGAGAUAAUAAGCGUGCAUAUUUAUUUAUUUAUUCUUAUCUACUAUCCUGUUGGUUAGAAUCACAGGUCUGGUAUUUAAGAAGUAGUAUCAGUGAAGAAUUAACAUCAUAAACAGUAUCAUCUGUGUUAGCACUUUUUUCUUUCUGUCUUUCUUUCUUUCUUUUCUUUACUUCUUAUCUCACACAAUUCAAGUGUUUGUCAAUUUACUGAGGAGAGUAAGUCUCCUUAUUGAUGUAUGUGUCUGGAUAAUUGUAAUAAAAUAUUUUUACACAUUAAAAA